AGCGGAUCAGAACAUAGAAAACUUCAGUCACCAUCAUGCAUGUGUCUAACUACCAGAAGAUUUGUGUCAUUUGAAAAGACUUGAGGAGAGAAAAAGACUACGAAUACGAGAACUCAGUCAGCAGACAGAAACAACAAUAACCCAGUGCUUAAACAUGGCCGGCACCCAGACCAGUUUGAAAACCCCUUUCAAAGACUUCACCUCAUUCAAGGGCAACAUGAAACGGCUGUAUAGAGAGCGACUUGAAGACGCGCCCAUUAAGAAGCGAGUGAUGGCUGAGAUCAACCUGAAGCGUCGCAACUUGGAUUCCCUCCCCAAAACUCCCAAGGUAAAGAGGGAGCAGAUCGAAGAUCUGUGCCACGACUCUGACAUGGAUGUGGAGGGCCGGGCUGAACUGCACAUGGUGAGCUCUGCUAAAGCCCUGGACCUGAGCCCUGGGCUCAAACACACACUGGCCCAGUUCACCCUCAGCAGCCAGAGCUCCCUCGGGGGCCCAGCUGCCUUCUCAGCCCGAACCAGCCACGAGCAUUCCCCGGCAGGCAUGCCCCCCCUGCCCUCCCCUCCUGUUCUGGGAGGGGGCCCUCUGCUGGUUCCCUGUGACAGCUCCACUGAACUCACCCACUCGCUGCUGGAAGGAGAGUCCAUCUCCUGCUUCAUCGUUGGAGGAGAGAAGCGGCUUUGCCUGCCCCAGGUGCUCAACUCUGUGCUCCGCGACUUCUCGCUGCAGCAGAUCAACACUGUGUGCGACGAGCUCUACGUCUAUUGCUCACGUUGCGACGCUGAGCAGCUGCACAUCCUCAAGGUGCUGGGCAUUCUGCCGUUCAACGCACCUUCCUGUGGCCUCAUUACACUGACGGAUGCGCAACGGUUGUGCAACGCUCUGCUGCGUCCUGGGGCAGUCUUGUCUGCCGACCCCACCGGUAAGCUGUCGACCCAGGGCCUGCUGAAGGAGAGUGAAGCCAGUUUCCAGGUGGAGCACCAGUGUUUGGGGAAGUGCCAGGGUCUCUUUGUGCCCCAGUUCUACACCCAGCCUGAGGCGCCCUGCAUCCAGUGCGUUGAGUGCCAGUUGCUCUUUUCACCACAGAAGUUUGUCAUGCAUUCACACAAGUCACCUGAUAAGAGGACCUGCCAUUGGGGCUUUGACUCAGCCAAGUGGCCCUGCUACCUGCAGCUUGCCAGGAAGUACCAAGGCCUGCCUGAGGAGCCAAAGCUCAAGCAGCUCCUGGACGAGGUCAAAGAGAAGUUCCACUACCAGCUCAAGAGGUCGCUAGACAAAAAGGCAGUGGAGGAAGAGGAGAGCCAGGUGAGGAAACCCUCAGCAGAUCUCUGCUCCCCCAGCAGCAAGUUGACCGAUGCCGACCCUGCAAGAAAGGGGAAAGCAUCUCAACCCACUCUGGUGUUUAACCGUCUUUUCUCUGACAUCAAGGAGGAGCCAGGACACCCCACCCUGGUCCAUCCCAGUUACUACCUGUACACAUAUGAUAAGAUGGUGGCUCCCAACGUGUCUCUGGGGAGGGAAGCGGAGAUGAGCCCCGAGAUGUUCGGAGCGCUGCUCAAACACCAUUACAACCGCAGAGUGCUGGGCCACGACGAGCCACCCAUGGAUCUUCAUGCGUCGCCUCCCGUUGCUGCUGGCGCCGAGGAGGCCAAAUCCCGACGUGCCGCUGCUGCCUCGGCCACUGAGAGGGAAUGCCAAGCCCAGGCAGUUUCCAUGGAGACAAGCAGCCCGAGCUGCAAGAAAGCCACCCGCACUCUCACCCACACCCCUCCUCCUCCUCCUCCUCUUGCGUUGUCGUUGUCGUUGUCGCCGGCAACGGAAGUGGCGGCUAAGGACACGGGCUCUGCCACGAGCAGCGCUGCAGUAGUGGUGGGGGGGCUGGAGGACGACAAGGACAGGAUUGUUGUGGAGAUCAUGCAGAUGUACAGCAGGCAGCAGGAGAAGCUCAACUCCACCCUGCACAAGCAGCUGCAGCUGGAAAUGGAGCUGGAGGCGGUGCGCGGGGGCGAGGCGGCGAGGCUACGGGAGCUGAGCGCCGAACAGCGGGAGCUGCGCAGCGAGCUUGAGGCGGUGCACAGCGAGCAGGCGCGGCAGCUCAGCCAGGCCCGCCAGGAACAGCUGGAGCUGGAGACGCGUCUGGAGCAGCUCCGACAGCAGGCCUGCGCCUGCGAGCCAGGGGCACAACUCCAGCAAGAGGCCCACUACACUGCACAGUUGUCGGAGCUACGUCAGAGGCUGGAGCAGGCGGAGGCGGACCGGCAGGAGCUACAGGAGGAGCUGCGCAGGGAGCGUGAGGCGCGGGAAAAGCUGGAGCGCACAAUCACCCAGCUCAAGCAGCAGAUGGUCCAGUCUGCCACGGUGGGAGGCAGCCCCUCUCCUCCUCUUACCCCUUCAACUGGACCCCCUAAUGCCCACUCCCCGCACUCCUCCUUCUCAGAGGCCCCAGCGGCUGGCCAAAAGUAACUGCCACCCCCCUCAGGCGCCUCCCUCUUUCCUCUCCCCAUCACCCGCCAACUCUACAGACACAAACAAAUUUCUUUUGCUCCACUCUCCUCUCUUUAAACAGUAUUUAAAGAUUUUUGGGCAUGUAUGUUUGAUUUAAUUUAUAGUUUUUACUGAACAAACGGCUGCUUUACAGAUGGGAGUUUGGUCAAGUGGAGACCCCCCACGUUAUCACCCUCCUCUCCCAUCUCUUCUUGCUCUCUGGAUUCUGGAGCUAAUGACUUUGAGAUUUCAGUUCAGACACACCGACUCGUCACGAACGUCACUUAAUGCUACUACCUGGCACAGCAGCCGGUGUCCUCGGACACAUAAUGGUGCCUGGUUGCAUGCACCUUCACUCUGUACGUACAGCCCAAAUGCUCCAGCCCAAAACGCCCAGUGACUGCAGGAAACUGCAUGGACAUUUCAAUAUUUUUGCUCUCCUUAUAAAACACAGAAAGAAAAGUGUUAACAUGUUAAAAACAACAAAUCUAUAUGGAGGAGAAAGACCUUUGCUGUACAAAAAAAAAAAAAAAAAAAAGACAUUUUUGCAGAUGUUGAAAAACCUCAUGAAAAUAUGCCAAUAGUGACUAUUAACUUGAAAUUAGUGUUUUUAGUGUGACCCCUACAAGGUAGCUAGCUAGCAAAUCGUCUGGCCUGGACCCCAGCUGCUCCUCAUACCGACUAGUUUCACCCUUCACUCUGCUAGGCAGCACCUGGACUCUCCCGCUGUAAACUGUCGGUUGAUCCACCAGCUGCCCCCCACACACACACACACACACACACACACACACACACACACACACACACACACACACACACACACACACACACACACACACACACCGUCCACUGCUGUACGCUAGCGCCAUCAUUACUCUCUGUUGGGAAACUCUUUAACACUGUGGUUAUCACCCACUUUAGGCUAGACAGGAAACACUGUGCUCUUUUCUUGGCUUGGCAUAAAGACGCUCACAAGCAGUGUUAUGCACUUAACACGCUCUCCUCCCCCAGAAUCCCCUGGGAAAGGAAUGUGUCUGGACACGGGGGCUGGCUGAGCCAGUGUAGCUUUUCUAAGAAAGAAGAAAGGCAGAGUCUCUCACAUGUGCAGUAGCUGUACUGUGUUACCAUAAUACAUGCAACAUCCUCGCAUGGCCGCACACACUCGAGAGUGUCAGUGCAGUCCAGGCAUUCAGGCAGAACAAUGGCCCCAGCGUUCCCAGCAGAUGAUCAAAGCUUAAGUCUGUCCCUGUUUUCUGGGCUUCUCUUUUUGUAUCAUUUGACUUCAUUGUUAGCAGACGGUUUUUAUCCACCACCCUGUUUGUCAGAGCGUCAUCUAAGAAUGUGGGUCGCAGGUGAAAGCAGUUAGUCCAGGGUUGUUUGGGCCUCUGGUCCGGCCCCUGCUUGACGUUGUUCUGCCUGGCUGAACAAACAGCACCAGGCAGGAAGAGGAAGAGAGGGGAGGCGAGGAUUGAGGGGAGCGCUCGGGGGGCCUGGUACACUCUCCCCCUGUGGCAGGCUGGGUGGCCUCGACGCCAGAGGUACAGAGGGAGCCCUUUUUUGUUCUGUACCGUCAGAAUGGGGGCAGCUGUUGUUGUCUGUGGGCCUCUGCCCACCCUCGGGUAAGACUGUACAGGAUCCCCCCCAUCUCUCAAUAAACUCCCUCCCUUGUUCGCAAUAACCUCCCUCCCUCGUUAUCUCCCACAAAACAACCGUCACUCACUCACUCACUCACACAUACCCGUCCAUCCAGUGCCAGAUCAGCUCGGGAUGUGCUGUGUUUUGUAGAUGCCCAGGAGAGCAAGCAGACGUCCAGCCAGAGGAAGAAAGGACUUCCAUUGUGUCAGUUGCCAGGCGAAAGUGCUUUUUAUUGCCACUAAGGAGGUGUGUGUGUGUGUGUGUGUGUGUGUGUGUGUGUGUGUGUGUGUGUGUGUGUGUGUGUGUGUGUGUGUGUGUGUGUGUGUGUGUGUGUGUGUGUGUGUGUGUGUGUGUGUGUGUGUAGAGGAUCGGCCUCAGCUAAACUCUGAGCUUAUUUUAUGCAUCUGCUAUAAAUGCAAUUUGAUAGACAUUCCACUGUGGUCCAUCCUGUUCAAUGCUGAUUUUCUUACACAGCUUCCCUUAUCAAUAACAGACCUUAAAGACCGGCCAGAGUACAGCUGUGGUUUGUUGAUUGCCAUAAAAGCAGGUGCAAGAAAUAAAAAAUCAAACACACACCCCCCACCCCCCUGUACACUCUACCGUUUCAUUAAAACCUUUAUUGAAAUUAUGAAAGAAAAUAUUUAACGUAUUAACUAAAGAUUUAUAUUCACUUUGUAAAUACAGUAGUUAUUAAUAUAUUAACUGUUCUUGUAUGAAAAAUAUUCUAAAGGUUAUAUAAAUUGGACCAGAACCAAGGCUUCAGAUGUUUUUGCUUUCUUUUUUAAAAAAAGUUAUUAGAACUUGACUUUUGUCGAGUGGGGAGUGAAACGCAUGGUUUACUGAGACUUGAUGCAGGACAAAGGCGAAAUAGGAAAAUAAUACUUUGUUACACACUUCCCCUCUUUUCUGAAAUAAUGCUUUUUUGUGGAUUUCAUCUUGACGGACUGUUUAACGUGUAAUGUAAUGAGUUUUUUCUCUUUCUUAAGGGCCCCCCCCCCUGGGAUAAAUUGAAAACGAAACAUUUGUUUAAGAAAAUGCAUUUUGGAAAUUGCAAAUUAUUUAUUUUCUGUGCAUGUUUUGCUGCCCCUUAUGUUUUGUGUCACCGGGCCAAUCUAUCAAUCUGCUCAUUAUAAAAAAAAAAGAAAAAAGCUAUUUCCCCUCACGUAACACACAAACUAUUGAGAUGCUCAUAUGCAUGAACAUUGAACAUGUGCAAGUUCUAGAUCAUUAUUGGUUUAGAGGUUGGCUAAAGUCAGAUUAUGAAGAACAUAAAAUGUAGCCUACGUGGUUUGGAAAUGAUGUGUGAGGUAAGAGAGGAAAAGAAAGUGUGUGUAUGUGUGUGUGGGGUUAUGUUUUCUGAUUCUGAUCAUUUAUGUUUGUCUGGAUGUGUAAAAAUAUGACUUAAUUAUCCCCCUCCCCCCCUCUUCACUUUGUGUAAUUUGCAUUUUAUACACAAGGGGGCAUUGUUUAGCUUCUUUAAUCGUACACCAUAUUGAAAUAAAAAGGACUAAAUGUAAAUGUAAGGGGAGAAAUAUCCCUUGUAACACGGUUUGCUGGGCCUUUUGCAUUUUGCAGUGUUAUGAGAACUUGGAUAUGCUUUGUACAGAAUUUUUACAGGUGUGAACAGACAAAAAAAACAAGGUGAAAUGAGCAGAGCUUCACCAUGUGGACAAAUUUGAAUACAUGAUUUACAUACGCAUUGCCUCCAGACUAUGUGGAGAAUGGUAGUAAGCAAAUCCAAGGUGACCUUUGAACUGUUGCAGGUGGUAUGCUUUGUCGUUUGGUGUGUCAUUUUCAGCCAGUAAAUUUUCUAUGCCAGUGUGCGAGAAGUAGGAAGUAUGGCUGCAUUGGUGAUUGAUCACACAGAUCACUGAACACCAAGUUUUAAUUUAUGCACAUCUUGCUAUAGAUGAAAAAAAGAUUCAUGGCUUUGCUAAAAAGAACCCUUUUCCCCUCAAUGCUGUUCUGAAACAUGAAACACAGUGUCUGUGUUUGACCAUUGCAUACUACGUUGCCAAUACUACAGUGUGAUCAGACUUUUGUUCUUGCAUGAAUCGAGGCACUGUUCUUCUACCUCAUGUUGUGAUAUGAAAAGAUGUUUUUUAAGCAGAAGACACUGCAUCUCUAACUGUGUAUCAUCAUUGAUAUAUACUAGUAAAUUACAUACCUGUAAAUGCUUUUAGCUAAUACCUCAGUUGUAUCAAGUGUUUGUUUUCAGUUUUUUUGCCCUUCCCUGAUUUCAGAUCUUGUAAAUAUACCCUGUAUAGACAAUGAACUUGGAUCAAAUUCAAGUAAAGUUAUGUAGUGUCAAACGA